GUCUUGAAAGUUCAAUCCUUCCCUAUCUGCAGAAGACGGAACAGCCGCCGGACAGGGUUUGUGGUAACGAAAAUAUCGUAUUUUCGCUCGUAUACAGGUAUGGCAUCUACCAUCAGAGAUCAGCUGAAAGAUGUUGUUGGUGAAACAAUCAAGACUCUUCACAAACUAUCAACAGAGGCAAGCCAGAAAGCUCAAGAUUCAAUAGAAGAUUUUAUUGCAUCACCUGGAAAGUAUUUAGCACCAGCAAUGACACUCCAUACAUCCAUGUUAACCAGGUUGAAUAUAACUUGCAUGGCACAAUUAGAUGAUUUAUUCAAAACAUCAUUUCAAUAUUCUGAUAUCCAGGAGUUGAAGGAAGACUUAAUGCAAGCUGAGGAAGAAUGGGAUACUAUGCUGAGUGAUAUUGAUAAGAAGCUACAAGGUGAUGAUACUGGAUUGGUUAUCACUGAAGGAUCUCAAGCACCGAUCGACAUAACUCUAGUAGAAGCCAGUAGUUCCAGAGAAGUAACGUUAGCUGAUUACAUUGGCAAGGACAGUGUUUUACUUAUACUGCUACGCCAUUCCCUUUGACUACCGUGACGUAAACAUGUUACACAGAUCAUACAAAGACGAGAAGAGAUAGAGUCUGCUGGAGGUCGUGUGUACGUGGUCUCGUUCUACUCUCAGGAAGCAGGUUUGAAUUGGAUACAGCAAAUAGAAUGUCCUUUUGACAUGCUAUUGGAUCCCUCCAAGAAAUUAUAUCAGAUAUUUGGUCUCAGCCACUCCUUCUACAAAGUGUGGAAAACAGAAAUCAUGCAGUACUAUGCUGAACAUAUUGCAAGUGGUAAGGAGCUACCAAAGCAUGUCACUAAAGAAAAAGAAGAUUUACAACAGAUGGGUGGAGACUUCAUCAUUGAUAAGAAUGGUAAAAUGGUAUUGAUGUAUCAGAGCCAGAGUUCAACUGAUAGACCAACUGUGGAUACAAUUAUUGAAGUUUUCAAAGAGUUGCAGAGAAAAAUCUAGAAAGAUGAAAUAGUGAGCUACUGUUGACGCAAAGGAUAAUAGGAUUCAACAGAGUGCAAUAUAUCAUCGAAAUCAAUGCAAACGC